GUAACGACUGGUAUCUAUGUUGUGGUGACGUAGUUGUGUAUGUACACAAAGAGUGUUGUAAAAAUCGAUUAAAAAAAUGCAUUCCAGUUUGGGACAUGUGUUUGGAAGUUACCCUGGGUGAUGUCCACCCGAACGUUAAGGUUAUGGUUGUCUAUAACUGAUUAUUAAGUCAACCAUGUCUGUAUUGUAAACCAUGACAUAGGACACUAUGACGGAAUAUUUGGUUUUACCUUCAUUCCAGGUCAUGGUUGAAAAGGAUUGCAAAUCUGCAAGACGUUAACAUAUGAAUUGAUUGUAAUGGAAAUUAGCUUGAUUGUGGAAUAUUUAUUUGAAAAGGAAUUGUUAUUUAGUUUAAUGUGAUUAUUCUUGAAAUGUGUUUACAAAAUAUGUUCACGUGUUGGCAAGGUAUAGGUAUAACCGGAAACGAGUGAAAUACUGAAAUUUUUUUUACAAAAACUACAAAACAAUUUGAUCAGCAAUAUAAGAGUCAGAAUGGGAAAUUUUUUUGACAAGACUAACAAAUCUGGACCAAAGUCACGCACUGUCACACCAAAUCAUACUCAACCACCUGACUUGGCCCCUAACGCAAAGGGUCACCCUAAUAGGACGUUCAAAUCAAAUAGAAUUAGAACGACAAAGUACUCAAUAAUAACUUUCAUACCAAAGAAUUUGUUUGAACAGUUUCAUCGAUUUGCUAAUUUGUAUUUCAUAUUUGUGGUAUGUUUGAACUGGGUACCACAAGUUGCAGCAUUUGGAAAAGAAAUAGCUAUGAUUCCAGUGAUAUUUGUUUUAUUAGUAACUGCUAUUAAAGAUGCAUAUGAAGAUUUCAGAAGAUACAAGUCUGAUAAAUGUAUAAACCAUAAAACUUGCAGAGUCUACAAACAUCAUUCUAGUGACGGGGAUGAACGGUAUGUUAAGACAGAAUGGAAGGAUAUCUAUGCAGGAGAUAUUGUACAUUUAUCAUGUGAUGAAAUCAUACCAGCUGAUAUAUUAUUAUUACACAGCAGUGAUCGCGCUGGUCUGUGUCAUGUAGAAACCAGUAAUUUAGACGGAGAGACAAAUCUGAAGCAAAGACAAGUAGUAGAAGGCAUUGAUUAUCAGGACAAAUUUAAACCAGAAAAGUUUUGCUAUGAAGUAGAAUGUGAUUUACCUAAUGCAGAAAUAUACAAAUUCACUGGUUAUAUUAAACAUGGACCAGAUAGAAAGAAAAAAGUACCAUUGAAUAAAGACAAUCUGUUACUUCGGGGAUGUACUAUCAGGAACACAGAUUUUAUAGAGGGAAUGGUUGUAUAUGGAGGUCAUGAAACGAAAGCAAUGUUGAAUAACAGAUCUCCACGAUAUAAACGUAGCAAAUUAGAGAGACGCAUAAACCGUGACGUUAUUUACUGUGUUGUCUUGUUAUUGUUGAUGUGUUUUCUUUCAGCAAUCAUGAGUGCAGUAUGGUUAGGAGCCUUUGAGGACAGUACCAUAGUCCCUUUUAUCCCAUUUGAAAGUGAGGAAUGGUAUAAUCCAUAUUUCCAGGGAUUUGUUGUAUUUUUUACCUACAUUAUAUUAUUCCAGACUGUGAUUCCAUUAGCCUUAUAUGUGUCAAUAGAACUCGUCAAACUAGGACAAGUUUUCUUUAUUAAUUAUGAUCUGGAUUUAUAUUAUGAGAAAAGUGAUAAAAGGAUGGAGUGUCGAGCUUUAAACAUCACAGAAGAUCUCGGACAGAUUGAAUAUAUUUUCUCUGAUAAAACUGGGACAUUAACAGAAAAUGAAAUGGAAUUUAAAUCAUGUACAAUUUGGGGAACAGAUUAUCCACAUGCACCAGAAUUUGAUGAGAAUAUAGAUGACAGUGAAACAGACAGUAGAUAUUCAAUAGGAACAAACAUUAGUAAAUCAAGCUCUUUUGCAAAAGCCUUUAAACCAUGGAAAUUUGAGGACAGUCAGUUGUUACAAACUAUGGAAAAUCUAAAAUUAGAACCCGGUUUAUUUCGAGAGGUAAUGACAAUGAGUUUGAGGAGUUUGACCAAUGUUGAAGUGACCGUUGACAGUAGCGGUGGAAGAUCAACUAACUAUAACGAGAUGGAUUAUCAGAAAAGUCAGAAAAUACAAGAUUUCUUCCUGUUGAUGGCUAUUUGUAAUACUGUUGUUGUAACAACUCAUGCUCAUGAAGAUUUGAUGGAUGAAAGUGGAAUUGUACAUCUAUCACCUGAAGAAGAAAAACGUUUAUCCAAGUUAAAUGGUAAACGUAAUGGCAAUGGGAAUAACCCACAUCUACCUCCUAUAAAUACUAUCAGUAAUACUGUAGACUUUUUGAAAAAACCAAUUCAUCCACCAAAACUAACUGAUUCUUGGUCUUUUGCAAAUGGUGGCGGCAGAGAAUCCCCACUUCGCACACCAUCAGAAGGCAGUAUUGCUGGAUCUGUAUAUUCAGAUAUGGCUAAAAUCAGAUUUGAAGCUGAAAGUCCAGAUGAAUUGGCACUGGUCAGAGCUGCAGCUACAUAUGGAUGUUGUCUCAAAAAACGAUCUCAUGGAAAAGUUACUGUUCAUCUUCCAGGAGAAGGUACGGAAGUUGAGUUUGAUUUAUUACAUAUCCUUUCGUUUGAUUCUACAAGAAAACGUAUGUCUGUGAUCGUCAAACAUCCUAUGACCAAAGAAAUCAUUCUACUAACCAAAGGAGCAGAUUCUCAAGUUCUCAGUGUUCUCGAUAAAAAAUAUAAAGAAAUAGAACCAUAUAAGAAGGUUCUGGAAGAGACAGAAACACACAUAUAUAACUAUGCCGUUCAAGGACUACGUACCUUAGUCCUGGCUAAAAGAAUAUUGCAUAAAAAGGAAUAUAAACGCUGGAAGAAAAAGUUCAUAGAAGCAGAAGCAGCAAUGCAAGAUCGGGAAGAGAAAAUUAUGGAAGUAGCCUGUGAUAUAGAGAAAGAUUUUGAAUUAUUAGGUGCAACUGGUAUAGAAGACAAGCUACAAGAUGGGGUACCAGAGACAAUAAAAAAGCUCAGGGAAGCAGGAAUUAACGUCUGGGUUUUAACAGGAGAUAAACAGGAAACAGCAAUAGAAAUAGCUCAUUCAUCACAGCUUUUUGAUGAGGAUCAGCUGAUGAUUAAAUUAAAUGCUAACGAUAGGGAGGAAACCGAAGCAUUUUUAGACCAUGAAUUAGGCGAGAUAGAAAAAGACAAAAAAAAACCAAGACCCUCUAGUGCAAGAAGGAGAAUGGGGUCUACAAAAUCUCUUAGAAGUGUCAAUCAGAAAAUUGAAUAUGCUUUAGUGGUAGAUGGUAAAACACUUGCUUUUUGUUUGGAGAAAUCACUUGAGAAAAAGUUUCUGAGGUUGACACAGAUGUGUAAAUCUGUUGUCUGCUGUAGGGCCACACCUAUACAGAAAGGAUUAGUUGUCAAGUUGAUAAUGGACAAUCUGAAGAAACUGUCAUUAGCAAUUGGUGACGGAGCUAAUGAUGUUAGUAUGAUACAGACAGCAGAUGUAGGAGUGGGUAUAUCAGGACAGGAAGGAAUGCAGGCUGUCAUGGCAUCAGACUUUGCAAUAUCAAGAUUUUGUUUCCUUCAGAAGUUAUUAUUGGUCCAUGGUCAUUGGUGCUACACUAGACUAUCAAGAUUCUCUGCGUUUAUGUUUUAUAAAAGCUUGGUGACAGUGUUCUGCAUAUUUUGGUACCAGAUAUAUGCUGGUUGGUCAGGUGCAGUACAGUUUGACAGUAUACAUCUAAUGUUCCAGCAUGUGUUAUAUACAUCAUUACCUCCAAUUAUCAAUGGAAUAUUAGAUCGUGAUUUAUCUGCUGAAACACUGCUGCGAUUUCCUACUAUUUAUAGAAUGGGUCCAGAGGAUCAAAUGUAUACGAGAAAAUCUUUCUUUGUGGCAGCUUUUGAUUCUUUGUACCAAAGUGCAAUUUUAUUUUAUUUGAAUUAUUUGGUGUAUACAGAUUCUGUAGCAGGUGUGUGGGAGUUUGGUACCACUACUACUGUAGGACUUAUAUUAAUCAUAUUAUUCCAUAAUGCUGUGGAAACUUUCUCAUGGAUUUGGCCUCAGUGGUUAAUCACUAUAUUAAGUUUCUUGGUAUACUGGUUAUUUGCUAUCGUCAUCAAUGCCAUCUGGUUUUCAUUUGAUCAUCCGUCUAAUCCAUACUGGGUAAUGCAGAACACAAUGACACAACCCAUCCAUUUUAUCACUGUUGUCUUGACUUUAUUGACAUGUCUUUUACCAAGAUUUGUAGUAAGAGUUUUACAUCGAACAAUAAAUCCAGAUGAAAUUGUCCGUGCUCAAUUGUGGGAAAAAGAACAAGAGAUGAUGCACUUGAAAGAAAUGGAAGAGAGAUCUCAGAAUGAAAAGGAUGGAAAUGUGCCAAGUUGUAGUACUAGUCCAGACACAAUUGACAAAGAUACCACUGAUAUUAAUGGGAUAACCAACAACAUCAUUGACACUAAUAAUGUGAACGCAAGACAGAGGAACGGUGAUGUGACAUUUAGAAAUGGAAAGUCUCACGUCAAUUCUGGUUAUGAACAUACAGAAAUGUGAUUACUUCACACAAAUCCAUUGAUGCCAUGUCUUUCAGUUUCUUUUUGUUUAUUUUGUACAUUUAUUUUCAACCAUUGUGAUUUCAUGAUUUCUUAAAGUUGUUCAGCCUGAAUCAUUGUGUUAAAUCGUGAAAGAUGUAUACUAUUAAGAAAUGCAUUAUAUGUCGAAUAUAAAGUGAUAAAAAAAUGUAUGGAAGAGAUGCUUUAAGCGUGUGCUGUUGUGAAUAUCGUUAAAAGUUUAAUUUAAUUGUGAUUUAGUUUGUUCAGUUGUGAAAUAGUUUUAUGAAUUAAAAAUGUACAAAGUUAUCUUUUGUAUAUGUUGGAUUUUGCUAGAAAUUUUUAUAGCUGUAAACAAUCAACCAAAAGUUGUGAUAUAAGGUUUUCAAGUUUAUGAAUUUUUAUAACUGUGUAUAUCAGAUUAUGAAAAUGUUUAAAAUUAUCUUUAACUAAAAGAGGGAAAUAUCACUACAAUUUAGCCCUUCCGUGAGAGAUUUCUUUUUUCAAAAUAAGAAGUGGAAAGGGAAUUAUUUUUUCAAGCUUAGACAAUUUAUAAAUAUUCUUAAGGGUGAAUGAUAAUAGUAAUUAAUAAAGGCUUAAUGAAUUAAACAAAUGUAUGUGUCUACAGUAUAAACAAUCUGUUCAGUAAAGUGUAUUUGUGCUUAUAAAAAAAUUGCUUUAGAAAAAUUAAAAUUUUGUUUUUAGGUAAAAUAUUUGCAGUAGUAUAAAAAAUUUGUUAUUGGAUGUUUUGGGCAUUCAUUCAUUCAUUCUUACAACACUCAAUGUUUUGUUAGAAGUGAAAGGAAUUACCACAGUCAUAAUUAUAAGCAGCAUAAUACAAAAUGAAUCUGAAAUCAAAACAUUUAAGAUACCAACAUUAACUAAUUGUCUUUAUUCCUUUAAUGCUUACAAACUAAACUUAAUAUCAUAUUUAUUCAUUUUAUGCAUACAAAUUAAAGUUAUUGACUUUACUGAUUUUAUGCUUAAGUUUAAUAAUUAUUUUGACAAUAUGUAAUUGAGGUAUUAACAAUUCUUUUAGCAUUUAGAAUAAGUUAGAUUAUAUAUAACAUCUCAUUUUACUAUCGUCUUGUCUUGAAUAUUUAUGAAAUAUUUGGCAUUGGAUAUUCAUCAACAAUUACUCUGUUUUCACUACUAAGGGAAGCAAUAAUUUUCUGUAAUUUUAUACACUUUUGAAUGUAGACAAAAUCUAACUUUUAACCGUAAUCUGUUCAAUUCUUUUACACUUACACCAUUUUAUAUUUAUUAUGACGAUUAUUGUCCAAUGAUAGUAUGCUAUGAAAAUGAAAAUAACAUCAGAUUUACUUGAUAUUUGAAAAUUCACGUUUAAUGAAUAAAGCUUACAUUUUCAGUUUUCACAAUAUAAAUGUAAGUUUUGAAGUACAAGAAUGAAAAGUGAAAGAAAGAGUUAAAAAACCAAAAAAUUAGGCAGAGUAGAUUAUUCUGCUUUAAAAUAAUUAAGGGUUUGUAUGACCCUGUAACACGGGUGCUCCAAGAGCAGAGGAAUAUACUAAGACAAGAAGAAUUGUAGACAUAUUUUGUUAUGCAAAUCAUAUCAGGAAUCCAGCCAUUCAAUUGUGUUUUGUGUGCAUAUUUAAUGUUCUUUAAUAUUUUCAAACCAGUGAUUUGGGAUUUGUGAUUAUUUUAUCAUUUUAUUUAAUUUAUUUUUGUAUCAUGUGAUUUAUCAUGUGAUUAACCAAAUGUUCCCUGUACAGGUAUCAUAUGAUCAGUUUCAUAUAUUUAACCAAUAGAAACAUAGCUUACAUAUUUCAUAUAGUGCUAUAGUUGUGUGUACGUGUGUGUUGUUAUGAACUUAAAGACUUGCUGUAUAUAUUUGUUAAAUGAAAGAUAUAUUUAUAUGUUAUAAUGCAAAAUUUGUAUUUAUUGUGAGAGUGUGAAAGAUUAUGACAGGUAAUAUUUUUAGUUUCAUUUGAAUUAUUCACACAAUUUUUGUUUUUAAAUUCUAUAGCAGUGUGAUUGUGUAUCUUAUCCAUUUUAAUGUAAAAAAAAAUCCCGCCUAUAUUUGUAAACAAUAUUAUACAUUAAUACGUCAUUUAUAUGUGUUAAAAAAAAAUAACUUCACUUAAAGAUUUCCUCUGAAGAAAAGAUAUGCAUUUAUAAUUCUAUGAUAGUCUUUUAAAGAAGUCAUGAAUAUUUGAAUUACAAGUAUGUAGAUAUCCAUUUUAUGCUGUCUCUACAAAUAUUAAACUUUACAAGUAAAAAAAAUCCAUUUGUUCCGAUCGUUAAAUUACAAUUCAGCAUUGAAACAGUUGUGUAAUGCUAAAUCAAAAGUCCCAUUAUAGAAUUAUAAGUAUAGAAAGAAAAUUUACCAAUGAAAUAAUUAUAGGUAAUUAAGAUGAGGAACAACUAUAAAAGCUCUGAUCCUUUUAUAUAUUUAUCAUUUCUAUCUUUUGUUCACUAUGCAAAAUUUGCUCGAAAUUUAAUCUCUUUGAAGAAUGAUUGAUACAAGAAGUAAAAUGGAAAUAGUAAUAAAAUGAUAUGUAAUUUUGUUAACAGUAAUUAGAAAAAUUCUGUAUGGCAACCCCUUGGAAUACACCUUAUCGCUAUUUAUUCCAAUCCAGAUAAGUUCUUAAAUUGCACAACUUUUUCUUUACAUCACAAACCAUCUAAAGCUAUCUGGGGCCCUGUUUAAACAAUGCAUCGUGCUUAAAACUUUUCAAAGAGACACGUUUAUAUCAUUUUAAACACUUCAAACAAAGCAUUUUUAUAACUUUAAUUUAUGUUUCAAAAAAUUGGAUCAUAAACAAUCAAAAUUUCAAAAUGUUCACUUUUUAGCUCACCUGGCCCAAAGGGCCAAGUGAGCUUUUCUCAUCACUUGGCGUCCGUCGUUGUCCGUCGUCGUUAACUUUUACAAAAAUCUUCUCCUCUGAAACUACUUGGCCAAAUUAAACCAAACUUGGCCACAAUCAUCAUUGGGGUAUCUAGUUUAAAAAAUGUGUCCGUUGACCCAGCCAACCAACCAAGAUGGCCGCCAUGGCUAAAAAUAGAACAUAGGGGUAAAAUGUAGAUUUUGGCUUAUAUCUCUGAAACCAAAAGCAUUUAGAGCAAAUCUGACGGGAUAAAAUUGUUCAUUAGGUCCAGAUCUAUCUGCCCUGAAAUUUUCAGAUGAAUCUGACAACCUGUUGUUGGGUUGCUGCCCCUGAAUUGGUAAUUUUAAGGUAAUUUUGCCGUUUUUGGUUAUUAUCUUGAAUAUUAUUAUAGAUAGAGAUAAACUGUAGACAGCAAUAAUGUUCAGCAAAGUAAGAUCUACAAUUAAGUCCACUUGACCAAAAUGGUCAGUUGACCCCUUAAGGAGUUAUUGCCCUUUACAGUCAAUUUUUAACCAUUUUUCGUAAAUUUUUGUAAUCUUUUACAAAAAUCUUCUCCUCUGAAACUUCUAAGACAAAUUUAACCAAAGUUGUCCACAAUCAUUAUUAGGGUAUCUAGUUUAAAAAAUGUGUCCGAUGACCCCGCCCGCGAACCAAGAUGGCCGACAUGGCUAAAAAAUAGUACAUAGGGUAAAAUGCAGUUUUUGGCUCAUAUCUCUGAAACCAAAGCAUUUAGAGCAAAUCUGCCAUGGGGUAAAAUUGUUUAUCAGGUCAAGAUCUAUCUGCCCUGAAAUUUUCAGACCAAUCAGGCAACACGUUGUUGGGUUGCUGCCCCUGAAUUGGUAAUUUUAAGAAAAUUUUGCAGCUUUUGGUUAUUAUCUUGAAUAUUAUUAUAGAUAGAGAUAAACUGUAAACAGCAAUAAUGUACAGCAAAGUAAGAUCUACAAAUAAGUCAACAUGACCAAAAUUGUCAAUUGACCCCUUAAGGAGUUAUUGCCCUUUAUAGUCAAUUUUUUACAAUUUUCAUAAAUUUUGUAAAUUUGUGUAAAUUUUUACAAAAUAUUUCCACUGUAACUACUGGGCCAAGUUCAUUAUAGAUAGAGAUAAUUGUAAGCAGCAAGAAUGUUCAGUAAAGUAAGAUCUACAAACACAUCACCAUCACCAAAACACAAUUUUGUCAUGUCAGAAUCCAUCUGUGUCCUUUGUUUAAUAUGCACAUAUACCAAGGUGAGCGACACAGGCUCUUUAGAGCCUCUAGUUAAACCUUUCCCUCCCUCAGCUCAUUACUGAUGAACUUUGUUUUUGCAACACUUGAAAUAAAAAUUAAUUUGUCUAAGUGACUGUUUUUCCUAGAUUGGACUAAAAGUGAUAAUGUGUAUAAAAUGUAAGGUGUAAUUGUGUUUUUUGUAAGGUGGGGUGUCAUAUGGAACUCUUGUCCAGUAAUUGAAAUUUGCAGAACCAAAACUCUUAUAUAUUUCAGCUAUUGUGUGGCAUAAUAAUCGUAAUUUGUGUUCAAGUUGAUAAUCCAUGACCUGGUUUUUCGUUUGACAAUCAAACAAUUCAGAUUCUUCUUCUUGUUUGUAUAGAUGUUAAAUUUAAUAUUAGAGCAAUGAUGUUAUAAAUCUUUGUGUAUAUAUAUAGUUCAUGUUACCUAAAAUUAUUCUUUCUUAUUUAUUACCUCAGUGAGGAAGAAUCUGUUUUACGAUAAUUAAGGUGGUACAUAACACUACAGGGAGAUAACUCUGUAAAAAUCAGCUGAAGGUUUUAAUCACGUUAUAUUGUUGAGGAAAUAUUAAGCUUCUCAAUGAUCAAAAUUAGUGUUUGUCAAACUGCUAUAUAUCCAAUGAAAUUUUUCCGAUAAAAUGUCUGGUUCAAGAUUUUUAAAUUUUUAUAUUUUUGUCAAAGGGUCAAAGUUAAUAUUUUGUCAAAAUUUUAAGAAAAUUAAACAAGCCAAAUUAAUUUUAGUCAAGGUGUUUGGUACCACCUUAAGUACUGCAUUGUUGGGCUAAAUUUGGUAGAUAGUCUCACCACAAUAUAAAAAUAUCACCAUAGUCUCACUACAAUAUAAAAAUAUCACCUUGGUAACACAAAAUGAAAGCUGUGCAUUUGAUAAAAUAUAUGUGAUGGAUAUAAGCAGUCAAAACAGAUGACUUAUAGUCACAGGUGACCUAUAGUUGUUUACAUACAUUUGGUUUCUGGUUCUAGUAGAUAGUUGUCUCAUUGACAAUCAUCCCACAUCUCCUUCUUUGCAUAGCUUUAGAUUAGUUUCAUUCUUAUUCUAUAUAAAUAGACAGCAAGUAACAUUGUAACCUUUCAUAUAUAUGCCAGUGGCAUAUUAUUACAUUGCAAUCAUAUUGUCUGACCAUCCAUUUGUCCAAGAAAUAUUUUUCUUCACAUUUUUGUCAGAAACAACUAAACAGAAUGACUCAAUAUUUGGUCAGCAGCUCAAUAGGGAUGAGUUGUGAAAUUAGUGAAUUUAAAAGAUUUGUCAAACACUUAAUUCCUGUUUUCCAAUACUUUUUGAAUGACGAGUCAUUAUAAGUCAAUUCAAAUGGUUUAAAGAUUACAGCCUAAAAAGCGAUCUUAAUGCCCCUACCCAAUUUGAAAAUUACAACAAAUAUUUUGUUAUUAAACAGCUUUUUCCAAUUGCUUAACACAAAAUUGCUUGUUUUAUUACCUGACCUGUAAUUAGUUUUAGUAGAGCAGUUAAAAUUUAGGUGACAAAAGCAGUUACAGGUUUUGAUUUUGCUGUUUGUUUAUCCAUCAUAUGAUUUCAAUAGCACUUUUUAGCUCACCUGGCCAAAGGGCCAAGUGAGCUUUUCUCAUCACUUGGCGUCUGUCGUCCGUCGUCGUCGUCGUUGUCGUCGUCAUUAGCUUUUUACAAAAAUCUUCUCCUCUGAAACCACUAGGCCAAAUUUAACAAAACUUGGCCACAAUCAUCAUUAGGGUUUAAAAAAUGUGUCCGAUGAACCCGCCAACCAACCAAGAUGGCCACCAUGGCUAAAAAUAGAACAUAGGGGUAAAAUGUAGAUUUUGGUUUAUAUCUCUGAAACCAAAGCAUUUAGAGUAAAUUUGACAUGGGUAAAACUGAUUAUCAGGUCAAGAUCUAUCUGCCCUGAAAUUUUCAGACAAAUCUGACAACCUGUUGUUGGGUUGCUGCCCCUGAAUUGGUAAUUUUAAGGAAAUUUUGCAGUUUUUGGUUAUUAUCUUGAAUAUUAUUAUAGAUAGAGAUAAACUGUAAACAGCAAUAAUGUUCAGCAAAGUAAGAUCUACAAAUAAGUUGUCAUGACCAAAAUUGUCAGUCGACCCCUUUAGGAGUUAUUGCCCUUUACAGUCAAUUUUUAACAAUUUUUCGUAAAUUUUUUUAAUCUUUUACAAAAAUCUUCUUCUCUGAAACUACUGAGACAAAUUUAACCAUACUUGGCCAUAAUCAUUAUUAGGGUAUCUAGUUUAAAAAAUUUGUCCGAUGACCCUGCCUUCCAACCAUCAUGGCCGACUUGGUUGAAAAUAGAACAUAGGGGUAAAAUGCAGUUUUUGGUUUAUAUCUCUGAAACUAAAGCAUUUAGAGCAAAUCUGACAGGUGGCAAAAAUGUUCAUCAGAUUUAGAUUUAUCUGCCCUGAAAAUUUUUAGACGAAUCCGACAACUUGUUGUUGGGUUGCUGCCCCUGAGUUGGUAAUUUUACAAAAAUUUUGCAGUUUUUUGUUAUUAUCUUAGAUAUCAUUAUAAUAUCUAAUAUCUAAUACUAUUAAUUAUGAUUUUAACCUUAUUUUACAUGAUUUCCAAAGCAUCAGUAAAUACAGGUGAGCGACACAGGCUCUUGAGAGCCUCUAGUUUGUUAAAAUGGUUAUAUGGUUUCUGUUUAAGCUAGUUUUGGGAACAUUAUGGUUUGUAUGUUGGCCUAGUUUUUGGUCCAUGGUAGCUUACCCAAAUUAAGAUAUUGGUCUUUGCUCUUUAUAAGCCUAUUGGCAUCAAUAAUUGAACCUGUCUCUAAUCCAGAUCUGUUAGACACAGUUACUAGUUGAACCUGAAGUUGAUAGAAUACAUUUACCAUUAUAAGAAAGGAGAUGUAUACAAUUUAAAUUUACUUCACAAUAUUUUUAGUGUCCAUCUUAUUUAAACAUUCCACUGAGGUUUGCUCAUUUCUAUCUUUGACAAUUUUUAAUGUGUUCAUGUCUUGUUGUGGCUUCUGCUAGAUAUUUUUAUAUGACUUUGUGACGUGAGAUUUUAGGCUUGAAUUGCAUAUUAUUGGUUAUCACUGUAAGGAAUAUUUUGAACACAUUUUAUUUUAUUAAAUGUUAACCGACACAUUACAAUUAAAUUUUUAAAAAAAAUCUUACAAUUGAAUUUUUCAUAAGUUAUACUGAAAUGUACAUGAUUAGCUACUAUUUUUGGGGCAAUAUUAAAAUCCUUAAUUUAUUAUGGAUUAUUUAAAUGUUUAAUAAGUCUGAAUUUUUCACAGAACUUCCAGAAACUUCAUGAAGUUCCCAUCCAGCAUGAAACAUGUAGUAUGACUUCAACACAGUAAAUUGAUUUAAUAUUAUAUUAAUUAGUUAACUAUUCAGUGGGACCAACUAAUGCAAUUAAUUCCAUGCUUUUAAUUUUGUAUAAUUAUUCAUGAAUACAGAUGUCAUAUUGUACAUGCAAUUUUAUUCAUCCAGCCAUGUUUAGAUGCUAGUCAGUAUGAACAUUUUACAUGUAAUUUGAAUGAAGUUUUUUCACUAUGAAAUCUUCAAAAAAAACUGUAUCCCUGUAGACAACUUCAACCUUAGGGAUCACCUCUUUUACAACUUAUUAAACCAAGGAAAACUUGUUUGAUAACAUAUUUUUGGUUAAUUCUAUAGUUUAAUUGAGUAUACAUAAUUCAAAGCUUACAAAAGCUUCUUAUGAAAAGGGGGGACAACUGUGUAAUGUUUUUAAUAGUAAUCAACUAUUUUUAUAUUGAAUUAGAUCAAUAUAUAAAACUUAAAGGGUUUGCAUGUUCUUGUUCAUAUGAAAUAACAUCUUGUACAUCUAUAUAAAGAUCAUAUGUUUAUUUAAAGUAAGGUAAUCUAGGUUGCUUGAUAUGUCGUUUUUGUGAAUCAAAAAUUUAAACCCUCAUCAGGUAUUUCAUACUUCAGGAAGCGAAAUAGAUGUUGUUAACCUGCUAAUUUUUUAUGAAUUAGUUGUUUAUCUCAUUGAUAUUUCCAUAUCAUUAAUUCAGAUCAGAUAGAAAAAAAGGGUUAGAUUGGGUAGAAAACAAUUUUAUUUAAAAAAAAUAACAUUUAAUUUGUGGGUGUGCAUUAUACAUACUUUGUCAAGCUUUUGUCACAUAUAUGUAUUUAGACUUGUAUCAGUUCUAGAAAUAAUCUGCAAACAUACAGGAUCCUCCCCAAAUGUCCUAAAUUAUAGGAAAAUCUGGUUUCCAUUAACAGUAUACCAUGCAAGUUAUUGGAUAAUGGGUACCAGUUUCAGGGACAUAUUAAUGGAGUGUUAUUAUAUUAUAUCUAUUCUGUCUACUUACAUUUGUCAUUUAAGUUUAUGCAAAUUUUCAAAAUGUGAUAUGUAAUAUAUGUUAUCACCAUAAACACUGGACAUACUGACCAUUUUACUUUUGAAUUAAAGAAAAAUAUUGGUAUUUUAAAAUAAAAUGUUUUUAUUAUAAA